CGGCAAUUAUCAGGUACCUUUUGGUGUCCAUCAACUUUUCACUCUACUUUAAUUUCACCUCAAAUUUUCUUGCACAGCGACUGCUGUAAAUCGUCCCAGCCAAUACGUGGUGAUUUGUUACUGCGAGUGAUUAUUACUUUAAAAGCCAUUUACUGGAGGUAUCCGGCGUUUCCUUUUUUUGCGCUGCAUCAUGAACAACGAAAUUCCUGAAGAUAUGGAAGAUAUCGUCCUUCCUAACGAUCUCGAAGAGAAAACCAACAUUCAAUUCGACAGCAUGGUUCAGAAAGGACGAAUAUUCUACGACCAUCAGACCGAGCCAGGCGAAAUUUUCGUUGAUAAUGGGUUUUUGUUUGAAUUUCGGAUUGUGCCUAUUCUCAAAGGGAAGCCAAUCUUGGCCCCUGAUGACCCAGGCCGCAGCCACUCGCCUACGCCUGUAACAACGCCUCGCGCAUCUACUCCUGUGUCAUCAAAUUCGGCGUCUUUGGCGGUUCCUUCCCAGCUCCCCACUAACACAACGACAGAAACGACUCACAAGGGGCCAUUCGUAAAUCCAAAGGCAGAUGAAAUUAUUCUUGAUAAUGUCGGUCCCAAACACCGACUCAUGUUGAAUAAGUUCUGCCUCUAUCGACCAAUGCUCGUUCUACCCACGAAGGAGUUUGCUUUACAAUCAGAUGAUCUGGAUGCGUACGAUAUUGCGGCAGCGUGGGCUUUAUUACAUGCGUACAAUUCAUUCGAACCGCUGAUUAUCUACAAUCGCGGUGUCAACGGAGGCUCAUCGCAAGGCCACAAACACCUUCAACUCUUUCCCGUUCCACCAUUAGAACCAUUCUACGGAAAGGCGCAGUCUGUAUGGCCUGGAAAGGCCACCUCUUCUGUCGAAGUAGCAGACAGGAUACUUGGUGUCCCAUUCAAACAUUUUGUCUUGCGGAUACAGCCAGGAACUACGGCACGAGAACUGAUAAGAAUGCAUCAACGACUGCUGCACCUGACACGCGAAGCUCACGUUGCUGCUGGGGGUGACGCAAACGGUGACUAUAAUGUAGCCAUGACAAAGCAAUGGAUUGCAUUAAUUCCUCGAACUACUGUAGGACCGGAAGAUGGUCCGUUUGGCACGAGCACGGUGGGAAUGCUAGGAAUGCCGGGAAUCAGAGACCAGCGUGACCGAAAGAAGUGGGAAGAGUUUGGGAAUGCCAAAUACCUGGCGAGGUUGGGUAUUCCUAUUUAAGUCCACGUGUUUUGAAGUAUCGCAUUGGGAAUAGGUGAUUUCGGGCAUAUAUUUUAUAUUACAUGAGAUGAGACACUAGAAGUUAGAAUCAGAUGAUAGUGAAUACAUGUAGAUAGUCAUGACACCUAGUCAUCUAAACCUUUUCGUGUACGACAGAAUUUUCUUAGUACAUGAAGUCAAGAAAUUUUUCAUUGGAUUUAGAGCAAUGGAUCGGCCCUUGUGCAGGUCUGAUCCUUACUAAAUGAUCACUUAGAGAGACCAAAUUGGAAGUAUUCAAG